AGGUCCGAGCCCCUCCGGAGCCCCAGCCCUCCUCCGGCUGCGGGGCUGCCGCUCCUGCUCCCGAGCCGGCUUGGAGCCCUGAGGGAGGGGGCGGGCGAGCGGGGGCCCUGGGGUGGCCAGGGCGUGGGGAGGGAGGACUGGGCGGUGGGGACCGGAGGGGAGGGAGGACCUUGGAGACGGAGAGGAGGGACGGGCGGGGAGAGGGCCCGGCGGAGGGGCGGCGGACACCGCGGGAGCUCCGCGCGGCUGCAGCGCGGGCGGGAGCGGGGACGCAAUGUCGCCGCUGCCGCCUCCUCGCGGGCCGGGGCUGCGCCGCCGGGGCUGAGCCGCCGCCAGAGCCUACAGCCGAGCAGCCGCCGGGCGCGCCCGCGGCGCAGGAGGAUGGGCUGCGGCGGGAGCCGGGCGGAUGCCAUCGAGCCCCGCUACUACGAGAGCUGGACCCGGGAGACAGAAUCCACCUGGCUCACCUACACCGACUCGGACUCGCCGCCCAGCGCCGCCGCCCCGGACAGCGGCCCCGAAGCGGGCGGCCUGCACGCGGGCUAAAAGAGAUGCUAAGAGAAUGUCUGCAAAAGAAGUCACCAUUAAUGUAACAGACAGCAUCCAACAGAUGGACAGAAGUCGAAGAAUCACAAAGAACUGUGUCAACUAGCAGAGAGUCCAAGCAGAAGGGUAGAUGGACUUCUUCUGUGUCCUUCAAGGCACUGGAUACCAUCAAAGAACCUUGAAGAAGUGGCUGCCCCUUGCUGGACCUGAAUGCUACUGAGUCCCUGGCAAGACUGUCUUACCUGGCAGCAAACUGCUGCCUGAUUUGUUGGGACCCUUCUGAGCCUUCUACUUAUCAUGUAAAUGUAUUGGCAUAGUGCUUACAUAUGUUAAUAAACUGCAAAUGUGCAGUUCAGUUUGUCUCUUUGCAACUCCUAUAAUAGGGUCUGGUGUAAAAGUAGUGAGUUAAAACUACAGGUCAGUUUAUGAAACAGAAAAGUAGGAAUGCAUUUCCUGGGUGAAAGAGUCACACCUUAGUACUAAACUCUCCUGACCAUUAUAGUGUGUUCUGUUUCAGGCAAGCUUAUUCUUUCCUUCUUUCAUUUUAAAUAUUAUCAUUACAAAUCUUACCAGGGUCACUUAAAAGCUGGCUUCCAUCCAACUCUAAACCCACAUAUUGAAAAAAUCAAGGUAGAGAAAAACUCCUUGUUAUCCUUGUUUCCUUAGCUUCGUAUGAGACAGAUCAGAUCCAGUUUCCCAUGGAUCAACCCACUGCCCAUAGCAUGUCUUUGGGAGGUGUCUGUGAAGCAGUCAUACCUGCUCCUCAUCUGCCUGGAAAGUCCUCCUAUUCUGAUGUCCACGUUGGCCUCCAGUCCUUAAUGUCACCAUGCUUGUGGCCAAUGCAUCCAAAUAAGGAUACCCCUCAGGGCUCAGCCAGACAUUGCAAUUUUACAUAGCUUUCCAGUUCCCUUUGCUUAUCUUCUUAACUGUCUUCCCUCUCUAUUGGGGUCAUUUGCAAUUGUUAAUCAAAGAUUGAACACUGCGUAGGAGAAGGAGAUGAUCCAGAGACAUGUGGCAGCAUGCAUGGCUUCACCUUGGUCUCUCUGUUCACCACCCCAGGACUGUCAUUUUGGCAUCUACAAAGGAAUCACUUUAGAAAGCCAGCACCUGGUUGAUGUGUAUUCACACUGACAUUAGAUUGAUGUGCACUGCAUUAGAAAUGAGGUAGCUGACACAGAAAAAGGAUGUUUUGAUAGGAAUAAUUUUCUAGUAUGUCUUGAAACGUUCAUCUGGAUGUAUUUUCCUCCAAACUAAUGUAGCAGGAUUUUUCAAGGAUUGUUAACAUGCCUGGGAUUGGGAAAGAUAGGACUAAAGUUGUACCAAACUGUACCAAUAAAUUCCAUGUUUAGAAAUAGGCAGCCUAAUGAUGUUAUGUUUAUAUAACAUAGUCCGGAGAACUGACAUGCAGGUCAAAAGUCAGAUACACAACCUCCUUAUCUGCUAACUCUGUUAUUCUUCAAACACAAGUGGGUAGUGUCAUUUUUCCUUCCUUCCUUUCAUUGGCAGAUUGCAUAUUUAUUCAAUAAACAUUAAAUGUCCAUCCUGUGCCAGGUACUGUGCAGAUGUUGAGGGAUUUGGAGUCUGGUUAGUCAUUACUGUCUAUCCUGAAUCUAACAGUGACUUCAUAACUAGGAGACUGAAUUAGACCCUUAAGGUAUAGUGUGUGUUGCAAAUCACUCAGCAAUGGAAUCUUUUAUAUUCAGGGUAGGUUUGUGUCUUAAACUAGGUGUUCUAAUCACUGUACAAGACUUUACCAUACACAAAACUAUAGUUUUUCUAAACCUUUAUCAUUUUGUGAUUCUUUGAGAAAGGGCUUUUAGGAACUUUAUGUUCUAAAAAAAUUGUCUUAAUAAUAAUAAAAUAAAAGCAAAACCUGUGACUCAUAUGUCCCCACUGACAUUACUCAGCAGGAGCCCCCAGCUGCCAAAGGUUGGCAGUGAUCCUGCGAGUUCAAGGGCUCUUUCUCCCUGGGGAUGUGCUUUGUGGCUUCUCUUUACAGCUUUGUUUCUGCAUCAGUUCACUGCUGCAUGUCGUUUGGAAUUUAUCACCGUAAGAAAGUGUCUCUGUUUUAUAUAGAAACACUUUCUCACUUCCAGGGGAGAAGGAAACGCAGGGCAUAUGAUCCGGCCCUCCCCAGAACAAUCUGGAUUUCAUGGAGACAGCAACCAGAAGUUAAACUGUGUGACUAAAAAUGCAUCUGGCUACUUUUUCACGUGUGUAUGAGACAGGAACUAAUCCUUACUAUCCUUUUAGGAUAACACUUUUCAUGGCAAAGUUUGUGUCAAUAAAGUCAUUAAUUUUAAACAUA